AUGUUUCUUGUUCAAUUUUAUGUUUUUUUUCUCUUUUUUUCCUUUAUUUCCUUUUUCAUUUCCUCCUUUAACAUUUUCUUCUCCAUUUUCCCUGUUGCAGUUUCUUUUUUUUCAAUAUUUGUUAUUCUUUCCAAUACUCCCUGUUUCUUCUUCCUCUUUUUUAUUGUCUCUUUUUGUUUUUGUUUUGCUCCAUUUAUAUUCUGUUUCUGUAGUUUUUGUUCCUUUAUCACUUGUACUUUCAGUAUCUCCUUUUCUAUUUUGAUUACCAAUUUCUAUUCCAGUAUUAGAUACUUUUUUCAAUGUUUUGAGUUUGCCUAUGUUCCGUUGUUUCCUACUUCUGUAUUUUGUUACCAUUUGUUCUUUUUUUGUUCCGUGCCACCGUUUGCUUUAUUUCCUGGUUUUACAACUUUUUUGUUAGUGUGUUCUUUUUUCUUUUGUCACGUGUGGUUGUGCUUUCUUGACCUUAACUCCUUUUAUUCCUUUAUUUUCUUGUUUUGCACUUGUAGUUCCUGCAUCAUUUACUCCAUCAUUUUUUACCACCAACUGUUCCUAAAGGGUUUUCUUUUUCUUUUACUAUUUAGUUCACUUAAGAUUCCACUUUCUUUACCACUCCCCUCUUCUUGA